AAGACUAACAACACGGACACGCCGCAGCCGCCAUUAUUUUCGACUACCGUCUCUCGCCGAUGUCAUAUCGUCAGUAGCUGCUCUGUGUUUGAUUAUUUGAAAAUUUUUAUUCUCUUGACCUGCCGUACGUCUCUGGAAAUUGAAAAUGUCUACCAAAUGGAGUUACGAAAUUAAUGAUUUAGUUUGGGCCAAGAUGAAGGGCUUCCCGCCAUGGCCAGGACGCGUGAGCGAGCCAACUGUACAGCUGGUUAAGAAACCUAAAAAGAAUUGCAAAUGUAUUUUUUUCUUUGGUUCUAAUAAUUAUGCCUGGAUUGAACUGGGAUGUUUAAAACCAUACUUUCAGUUUAAAGACACUUUGAGCUAUAGUUGUAAAAAUACACUAUUUAAAGAAGCUUGUAAGGCAAUUGAACAGCAUAUUGUAGAAAACAAUACUGAUCAAGGACUAAAUAAUGGAUUAUCUGAAGCUGAGUCAAGAUUUGAAAACUUGGUUCAAAACGAAACUCCAACCUUUCAACCCGAGAAAUCUAAAAUCUCAAACGUUCGUAAUGCUUCAACACCACUACCUGAGAAAGUUAAAAAAAGGCGUUCAAAACAAGUUGAAUCUACCUCUAAUGGGCCUACUAAGGAUAAACCUAAAAAACCCCGUUUAAACUCAAGAGUUGGUAAAUCUGAAGUCAAUAAUACUGAUAUACUUACAAAUCUUGGAUUGACGAACAACCAUACAAGUCCGCUUCGAAGGAAUAAUACUUUAUUAGACAGACCUGAAGUAACAACUCCGGAAACGACCACAGUAGAUACAUCAAAAGUAUCCAAAACUUUAUUGAAAAAGAAAGUCAAACCAUCUAGUUUGAAAUUUGGAUUCAUUGGUUUGGGCAAUAUGGGAUCAGGAAUUGUUAAAAAUCUUUUGAAUUCUGGACAUGAUGUGAUCGUUUGGAAUAGAUCUCCAGACAAGUGUCAAAAGUUUCAAGAUAUUGGAGCUUCAGUUGGAUUAACUCCAGCUGAUAUUAUAGGAGAAGCAGAUAUAACAUUUUCUUGUGUUUCUGAUCCACAAGUUGCUAAAGAUAUGGUAUUUGGGAAUUGUGGUGUACUUCCUGAAAUAGAUAAAACCAAAGGAUAUGUUGAAAUGACUGGUAUUGAUCCAGAAACAUCUCAAGAUAUUUGUGAGGCUAUAUUAAGUAGAGGCGGGCGUUAUUUAGAAGCCAUGAUUCAGGGAAGUAAAUUGAAUGCAGAAGAAGGGGAAUUAAUUUGUUUGACAGCUGGUGAUAAGUCUUUAUUCGCUGAUUGUGAAUCAGCAUUUUGUUCGUUUGCCAACAAAUCAAUGUAUCUAGGUGAUGUUGGAGCAGCCACAAAAAUGAAUUUGAUUUUACAUUCAAUCAAAGCGGUAGCUUUAGCAGGAUUGGCUGAAGGUAUGGCUCUGGCUGAUAGAGCUUGUAUUCCGCAACAAUCUAUGCUGGAAAUUCUAGAAUUGACUUCAUUAAACUCUCCAUUGUUAAUAGAAAAAGGAAACGCUAUGAUGGUCGGUAAUUUUCAAACACAUCAAGCUUUAAAACAUAUUCAAAAGGACUUAAGUUUAUCAUUAAACUGGUCGGAUAUUUUGGAACAACCUUGUCCAGUGACGGCCAGUGUAAAUGAAGUAUUUAAACAUGCAAAACGUUUAGGUUAUAGUGAUCAUGAUACAAGUGCCGUAUAUAUCCGAACUAAAUUUUGAUUGAUGGAACUUUUUCGAUAAUCUUAAAUUUUU